GAUUUGGCGGCAGUAAAGAAGUUGAGCGGUAUACAAGGUGUGAGAAAAAAGACGAAAGAAGAGCGAAGAAGGUCAAGUCAAAAGACUACGGGUGCCGGAUCCGAGAAGGUCCUGCAACGGAACAGUCGUGUCCGUGUCGGUGAAGUCGAAUACCGCGUGGCAGUCGCGAAUAUCGGUGGAGUUGUCGAAUUUAUUUUAUGGUGCAUCGCUACGUUGUCGGAGCUGGACCGCAGUUCUAAGUACUGUGAUAUCCUCCAAACUGUUGUCAACAAAAGCGAGGAGUGCACAAAGGAUCGCUGGGCGCCAUGGGACGCAGUGAAAUCACAAAGGACCCAAGCGACGGUUUGGGAGCUGGGCGCAACGGCGAAGCUGGUUAGCGAAGCACUCGCUAAUUUUACAGCUACAAUGGACGCACUAACUGACCCACUUCCGGAAGAAUACAACAAGAAAGUCCAAGCACAAAUUGAAGAAACGCACACAACUCUGCAAAGAGCCCAGAAGCUAGCAAUAGAGAUGGAAGCGAGCCGCAUCAGCGCCCGGGAUCACGCCUUCACGAAUCCAGGAAUUAUGGAAUACAAGGAAUUGCGCGAGACACAAGAACAAAUCAAGCACAUCAACGAGUACAAGUCAAAGCAAUACUGGAGCAGCAAGGUCAAGCAAAACCAGAAUCGGAGGAGGGGGGACAGCUCCUCGACGGAGCAAAGCGAGAGAAAGAUCAUCGCAAAAAAUGUGGAAUUUUUGGAGGAGCUGCAAACAGACGAUGAAAUAGAAGGCGAGGACGUUGAAACGGAUGCAAUCUCGGAAAGAGAAACCAUUCAGCAUCGUCAAGAUGAGAGGAAAGCGAACCAAUCGAUUGAAGAAGACAUCGAACUAAAGGAGGCAGAAAUUUCCGAAUUAGAAGAGCUGAUUGACCAGCUUGAAAGAAAACCCACGUGCGCGUCGCGCAUGUUCGGGCAGGAAAAUCUUCGAUACGAGGAUAAGUUGGUAGCCUGCGCAUUUUGCGAGGCUAUCGGUGUCCAUUAUUCCGACGCAUGUCCAUUUAUUCGUACGGUAGAGGAACGGCAGAAGAUCCUUAUUGAAAAAGGGAGAUGCGAACGAUGCUUGGAAAGGGAUUGUACGACGGAGAGCCUUACGUGCAGGAAGUACUACAGUAAGUGCUUCCACUGUAAAAAGGAGGGCCAUCACUCGGCCUUAUGUCUCUUCCCAGAAUAUAGUGACGACAUCCAGGCGAAAAUUCAU